AUGACUGAAAAACGCACUAGCGACGGGGGCUUCGCAUACAUUGAUGAUGGCAAUGAACGUAAAGAAGGGGCCAUUGGGAAGGAAGUGCAGGAAGUUGAAAUAACAUUUGAUCAGGAUGCAAAUUCGAAUGGAUUUCCGAAACCGAGUUUCGAAGCGGCUUCCAACCGGAUAGCGCUGUCCAAUCGGCAGCUGAAAGCUCGGCUUCGGCGAUAUAAUUUGGGUUUCGUGCUUGAUCUAAAUCCGGACCUGCAGAUGGCCAAUGUCUCCCAUGGAGUUAUACUGAUGGCACACAAUAUUACACAUAUAAUAAACUGUGCGACGGGAGUGAAGAAUAUUUUCUUGGGUAAAAUCAAGUAUCUAACACUUGAUGUGCUGGAUUUGCCGUGGACAAAUCUUGAGCAGUAUUUUGAUGAAUGCCAUGAAUUCAUGCGAAAAGCCGUUGAUGGUGGUGGAAAUGUAUGUUUUUGCAAGUAUAGUUUUUGCUGA